ACUGGCGAAGAAAAAGACCCACCACCAGAAGGUAGAAGGAUCCAAGCUUACAGUAAAAUUCAGAAUUCAGAAAAUGCAUGUAAUAAUUUUCAAAACCCUUAACAAACCCAUAAAAAAAAAAAAAAAAACUAGUGCAAAAGAAAAAAAAUAACAUUUCAUUCAUCUUCUGAGUAAAUUUCCAGUUGUCAGGUUGUUGUGAAUGUUUAUUGAAAAUUAAGAGGAGUUGGUAUUUGUUUCGUCAACAAAAAAAAAAACCAAAAAGGAAAAAAAACGGAGUUGGUGGUGAAAAAAAGGAAAAAUCGUGCGUUACAUGAUUUUGUUACACUUUUAUCAAUUGUAGCAUUAAGUAUUGUCACUACCCGUAUCAAUUUCAAUUUAUUAUAUCAUUAUGAUUUCUCUCUUCUCAUAAUUGAAAUACCAAAAUAUAAACACUUUUUUUGUGUUUGACGGGCAAAAGUGCUUUUCUCGGUAAUUUUCUUGUUGAAUUCGCUUAAUAGUUAAUACAUUUUUUUAUUCGGAAAAAAUGAAAUUCUUCAAAUCAAAGCCAUAAACGUGUUGAGCAGUUUGUUACCUUUUAUAUGUCCACUUUCCAUUUUUCAUUUCCAUGUUUUAUUAUUUAGGUUUUUGAAACCCCGUUUUGUUGCAAGUUUGGUGUUGUUUUUGGACUCAUCCAAACAGGUCAUAGUGUUCUUUCUUUCUCUUUCUCUUUCUAUUUCUAUUUCUCUCUCAGUAAUAUAAACAAACAGUUUCACUGCGUAUAGAUUUCCUCCGAAUGUCACAAUUCUUUUGCGACGCAUUGCUCUGCUUUCUUCCUCCACGCGUCUUUCACCGUCAUCAUUUCUCGUUUUCAUCUCAUUUUCUGACAAUGAGAUCAAACUUGUAGUACUAAUACUUUUUCUUCAUCUUCUUCAAAUUUUUUUCCCAAAAAACCAUAAAAAAAAGGGUUGUGUUGUGUGGUUGAUUUCUGAGAUCAGAGACAAAAAAUGGCACCUUUGUUCAAUUGGGGUGUGAAAGAUAGUCAUAGAGGAACACCAGUUGUUGUUAAAAUGGAGAAUCCAAAUUGGUCCAUGGUUGAACUUGAAGGUCCUUCAGAAGAAGAUUUACUCAUAACAAACCCUUCUUCAAGAUCAAGAGACAAAGGAAGAGGAAAAAACGCUAAACAACUCACUUGGGUUCUUCUCCUUAAAGCUCAUAGAGCUGCUGGUUGUUUAACUUCAAUUGCUCCUGCAUUGUUUGGUUUUGUUUCCGCCGUUAAACGCCGUGUGGCUUCCGGUAGAACAGACGCCGAUAUUGACGGUGUUGGUGUUGGUGGUGGUAGAGAAAAUGAGAACCCUACUGUGAAAAGUAGGUUUUAUACAUUUAUAAAAAUGUUUCUUUGUUUGUCGGUGUUUUUGUUGUGUUUUGAGGUUGUUGCUUAUUUUAAAGGUUGGCAUUUUAGUGCUCCACAUCUUGAAUUAUGGGCACCAGCAUUUGGGGUUAAGGAUGUUUUUGAUUGGUUUUAUGCUAGAUGGGUUUUGAUUCGUGUUGAGUAUCUUGCUCCACCUUUGCAAUUCCUUACAAAUGCUUGUAUUGUUCUUUUCCUUAUUCAGAGUGUGGAUAGAUUGGUUCUUUGUUUAGGUUGUUUUUGGAUCAAGUUUAAGAAAAUUAAACCUAUUCCUAAAGGUGGCCAUGGUUUAGAUCUUGAAUCUGGAGACAAGGGUUUCUUCCCUAUGGUACUUGUUCAGAUCCCCAUGUGCAAUGAGAAAGAGGUUUAUCAGCAAUCUAUUGCUGCAGUGUGUAAUUUGGAUUGGCCAAAGUCCAAAUUCUUGAUUCAAGUUUUGGAUGAUUCAGAUGACCCAGUAACAUCAUCAUUGAUUCAGGAGGAGGUUCAAAAAUGGCAACAUGAGGGUGCCAACAUUUUGUACCGACACCGUGUGAUUAGAGAUGGUUACAAGGCUGGUAAUCUGAAAUCUGCCAUGAAUUGUAGCUAUGUGAAAGAUUAUGAAUUUGUUACAAUUUUCGAUGCCGACUUUCAGCCUACCCCUGAUUUCCUUAAGAAAACUGUUCCUCAUUUUAAGGACAAUGACGAAUUAGGACUUGUUCAAGCUAGAUGGUCUUUUGUGAACAAGGAUGAGAACCUUUUAACAAGGUUGCAGAAUAUUAAUCUGUGUUUCCAUUUUGAAGUGGAACAACAAGUGAAUAGUGUUUUCAUUAAUUUCUUUGGGUUCAAUGGUACUGCUGGAGUUUGGAGAAUUAAGGCUUUGGAAGAAUCUGGUGGUUGGUUGGAGAGGACCACUGUAGAGGACAUGGAUAUUGCCGUUCGAGCUCAUCUUCAUGGAUGGAAAUUCAUUUUCCUUAAUGAUGUUGAGUGCCAAUGUGAGUUACCUGAAUCUUAUGAAGCUUACAGAAAACAACAGCAUAGAUGGCAUUCUGGGCCAAUGCAGUUGUUUCGUCUUUGUUUGCCUGAUGUCCUACAGGCCAAGAUAAGCAUAUGGAAGAAAUUCAACAUGAUAUUUCUCUUUUUCCUUCUUAGAAAACUAGUGUUACCAUUCUAUUCAUUCACCCUAUUCUGCAUAAUUCUUCCCAUGACAAUGUUCGUACCAGAGGCCGAGAUUCCUGCAUGGGUCGUUUGUUACAUCCCAGCUAUCAUGUCAUUUCUCAACAUUCUUCCAGCACCAAAAGCUUUUCCCUUCAUCGUACCUUAUCUCCUAUUUGAGAACACCAUGUCGGUUACAAAAUUCAACGCCAUGAUCUCAGGUCUAUUCCAGCUAGGAAGUGCAUACGAAUGGGUAGUAACUAAGAAAUCCGGCCGUUCUUCGGAGGGUGAUCUAGUUUCAUUGAUCGAGAAACCAAAGCAUCAAAGAGGGUCAUCAGCACCUGAUCUUGAGGAAAUGAAAGAGGAAAUUAGGAGACAUGAGGAAAACGUGGCUACGAAGAAGAAGAAAAAACAUAACAAAAUGUAUAUGAAGGAACUUGCUUUGGCUUGUUUACUUCUAACAGCUUCAGCAAGGAGUCUCCUUUCAGCUCAAGGAAUUCACUUCUACUUCUUGCUAUUCCAAGGAGUAUCAUUCCUUUUGGUUGGUCUAGACUUGAUUGGUGAACAAGUAGACUAAAAAAAACAGCAGGAGCAAUAAUUGGACUAUGUACAAUGUAGAGAUACACGCACGAAUUAUACACAUGGAAAAAGCAAAGGGUUCACAAUCAAGGCUCUAUGAAUCACCGGAGACAACAAUUUAUUGAAGAGCUUAAAGAGUGUUUCUUUUGCUUGCUCAUGCUCCUCACUCAAGGCUCGUGAAUUCAAUUCAAAAUCAAUAUGAGACUACGUUCUGUUAUGAUCAUCAUGGACUGAAAAGGAAGAUUUUGGUUUGGAAAGAUGAAACGGGUACAAAUUGAAGGCUUUUUCAUUCAAUGUGUAUGUUUUACCCUUUUUUUCUAAUUCAUUUUGUAAUUUUAUGUGGAUUCUUUUCUUCAUGGAUCAUUCUUUUUUGUAAGAAAAUUUGUGGUUCAUAAAAUUUUAUGGACAAGAACACAUGAGAAAACAAACAAUAUUCUCCUCGCCAUCA